CAGAUUCCCAGGAGCAGGCCAAGGAAAGCAGGCAAUACCCUCCACUGGGCUACUUUCCUUCCAAGUUUGCCAUGGCCGUCACCUACAAAGUCCGGGUGGCCACCGGCAACUAUCUUUGUGGAGGAACCAUGGACUCCAUUUCCAUCACGUUGGUGGGAUCCCAAGGAGAAAGCGGCAAGUUCCCUCUGGACAAAUGCGGUCGAGAUUUUUCUCCCGGAGAGGUGGAUGAAUACAAGGUUGAGAGCCAGCAAGACGUGGGUCCCAUCCUCCUGAUCCGGCUCCACAAGGAACGCUACGGGGCUUUUCCCCAGACGAGCUGGAACUGCAGCUUCGUGGAAGUCAUGGCACCCAAUGGGCAGAAGUACCAUUUCCCUUGCUAUCAGUGGAUUGUGGGAUACCAAACCCUGGAGCUCAGAGAAGGGGCAGCCAGAACGAUUGCCAUGGAUGCUGGAAACCCAUCACUGUUGCAACACCGGCAGAAGGAGCUGCAGGCAAAGCGGGACUCCUACAGAUAUAAAGAAUACCAGCCUGGAUGGCCCAUGUGCCUCGAUGCCGACACGGUGGACCACUUGCACCCAAACGAUCGCUAUUCCAGAAUUAAGGAAAAUGUUUUCCAAGUGCAGAUGGUGACAGCUGAAGUGGAAUUGAAAAUGAAAGGCCUGCUAGAUUGCAAAAAUUCUUGGAAAAAACUGGAUGACAUGCGGAUGGCCUUUUGGUUUUAUCGAUCCCCCGUCACAGAAUAUGUCAUCCGGCACUGGCAGGAAGAUGCUUUCUUUGGCUACCAGUAUCUCAAUGGGGUGAACCCCAUUAUCAUCCGGAAGUGUGUGGAAAUCCCAGCCAAAUUCCCCGUCACGCAAGAGAUGGUGGCCACAUCCUUGGGGAAGCACACCACGCUGGACCAAGAGCUCAAGAAGGGUACCAUAUUCCUCAUAGACUGUUGGAUUUUGGAAGGCGUCCCGGCAACAAAACUCAACGGAUCCCUCCAGUGCAUCUCUGCCCCUCUUUGCCUCCUGCAUUUCACUCGCCUGGGUGAGAUGAUCCCCAUCGCCAUCCAGCUGACGCAGCAAUCCGGACCGGAGAGCCCAAUUUUCUUGCCCAUGGAUUCAGAGUGGGACUGGGCAUUGGCAAAGUUCUGGGUGCGAAACAGCACUUUUUACAUCCACGAAAUCCUCGUCCACUUGCUCUCUACUCACCUGGUGGUGGAAGUCUUCAUUCUAGCCACCUUGCACAAUUUACCUAUGUGCCACCCAAUCUACAAGCUAUUAAUUCCUCACUCUCGAUAUACCUUACACAUCAAUGUCCUAGGCCGGGUGAACCUUUUUUCUGCAGGAGGACUCAUUGAGCAGGCCACAGGUACAGGUUUCCAUGGUGUCUCUCACCUACUGGCCAAGGGUCUUUCAACAUUGACCUAUACCAGCCUAUGCCUCCCCGAUGACAUCAGAGAGAGAGGGGUCGAAUCGCUCCCAAACUAUUACUACAGAGAUGAUGCUUUGAAGCUCUGGGAAGCCAUUGAGAGCUUCGUGUCUGGCAUCGUGUCUCUCUACUACAAAAGCGACCGCUCCGUGAAGGAAGACUCCGAGGUCCAGGCCUGGGUGGCUGAGAUAUUUGAGAAGUGUUUCUUUGGGCAAGAGUCUUCUGGUUUCCCUUCACAUCUGGAAACCAUCAAUGAGCUAACCAAAUACCUAACCAUGGUGAUAUUCACCAGUUCCGUCCGCCAUGCCAGCGUCAACAAUGGCCAGUUUGAUUUCGGGGCCUGGAUGCCCAACUACCCUUCCUCCAUGAGGAAGCCACCCCCAAAAUCCAAGGGCAGCGUGACUUUCGGGGACAUCUUGGACACCUUGCCGGACGUCAGCACAACCUGCAGCACUUUGCUGAUCCUUUGGCUUCUCAGCCGGGAACCGGGGGACAGGAGGGCCCUGGGUUGCUACCCGGAUGAGCAUUUCACCGAGGAAGGAGCAAAAGAAGUCAUCGUGGCUUUCCAGAGACGCCUGGCUCAGAUCUCUGAGGAAAUUGAGGAGAGGAACAAGGGCCUUCCGCUGCCUUACCACUAUCUCUGCCCCAAAGAAAUAGAGAACAGCACCUCCAUCUAAAGCUUGAUCCUGGCUUCUCUCUGUUUCUUCUGCAAAGGUGGUCUUUGAAACGGGGUCCCUCAAGUGUCAGAAUCAAAGGCAGGACAUCAUUAUGGAUCAUUACAGCCUCACAAACACUGAAAAGCAUUCUUCCAGACAUCAAUUUGUUCCUUGUGCUUUGCUACCUAUUAGACCUUGGCUUGGAUAUAAUUUGCAAAACCAACUGAUGAAAACAUAUAGCAUUCAGCAGAAAAGAGGAAGCCACAUCUUGAGAACUAAGAAGGCUAGAUCAUUGGCUUGGUUACUUUGAUUACUUUGGGAUACCAGAGUUGUCUGUUUACAGAACGGAAAUUAUGCAAAUGUAGGAUAUAAAGAUGGAAGCUAACUAGCAUCUUAUAUGUAAAUAUUGCAAUCUAAAUUUCUUAACAUUCAUAGAAUACAGUAGGACAAAUGUUUUGUGCAGUCGGCUCUUUGUAUCUACAGUUCUGCAUCCACAGAUUCAACUACCAUGGCUUGAAAAAUAUUUUAGCAGAAAAAUUCUCAAAAGAAGAUCUUGAUUUUACUGCUUGCCAAGCACAAAGCCAAUGUAUUGGCAUACCUUGCUGUUUCACAGAUCCAGUGCUUGUUUGAAUUGUUUGCCAAAUUAUUACACCAUUGUUUGUCGUGGGA